AUGAUCAUCUACCGGGACCACAUCAGCCAUGAUGAGAUGUUCUCCGACAUCUACCAGAUCCAGGAGAUGGCACACGGGCUGUGCCUGGAAGUGGAGGGGAAGAUGGUCAGUAGGUCAGAAGGCAACAUUAAUGACGUGCUUAUUGGUGGCAAUGCCUCACCUGAAGGCCCCGAUGGCGUUGGAACAGAAAGCACAGUGGUCACUGGUGUUGAUAUUGUCAUGAACCAUCACUUGCAGGAAACCUGCUUCACAAAAGAAGCCUACAUCAAGUCCAUCAACAACUACAUCAAACCAAGCAAAGGCAAACUUGAAGAACAGAAACCAGGAAGAGUAAAGCAUUUUAUGACAGGGGCUGCAGAACAAACCAAGCACAUCUUUGCAAUCAAAAACUAUCAGUUCCUUAUUGGUGAAAACAUGAAUCCAGAUGGCAUGGUUGUUCUGCUGGACUAUCGUGAGACUGACCGGUAUGUGAUCUCUUUAUGGAUGGUUGAGAGAUGGAGACAUGUUAUCACAGUGGGCAACUCGUGGAUUUAUGGAUUGUCGUCCUAA